AUGGACACAGUGGAAAUGAAAGUGAACAGAUGCAGAAGUGCAAUUAUCAAAUGGAAUAAAGAAAAGCAUCUAAAUAGCAGGAAGCUAAUUGAAGACUUACGUAACAACUUGGAAGAGGCUAUGGUAAGUCCUCUAGCAAACCAAGCAGUGAUAGCAGGGAUCAACAACGAACUCCAACUGGCCUACACAGAGGAAGAAAGCUUCUGGAAACAAAGGAGCAGACAACUUUGGUUAGCACUUAUAACGCCCGGACUGCCCCUCCCGGUAGCCAAAUCAAUUCUCUUAAGCCUCUCUUCAUUUAUCACAAACCGGGAUGUUACAGCACUUGGGGAUAAAAAUACAGAAUAUUUCCACGCAGCGGCAAAGGGGAGACAGGCAAUCAACAAAUUCUCAGUUAUUGUGGAUGAGACAAAUAAUGCAGUGCAUGAAGAAGAGAAAAUAGUUGGCGUUAUAACGAAGUUCUAUCAGGAACUGUUUACCUCUCAAGGAGGAGAGAGCCAAGAGGCAAUCAGGGAAGCCCUAGAACCUUGCAUCACAGAGGAGAUAAAUGAGAAGCUGAUUGCAACACCGACAUGGGAGGAAGUAAGAGCGGCUUGCUUCUCAAUACACCCAGGGAAAGCCCCAGGUCCUGAUGGUUUCUCCGCCUGCUUCUUCCAAUCAAACUGGAGCACAGUAAAAGAGAAGGUCACGACAGAGAUCCAAGCUUUCUUCACAUCGGGAACCCUGCCACCGAACAUAAACACCACACAUGUGAGGCUCAUCCCAAAGAUAACAAGCCCAAAGAAGGUGGCGGACUAUAGACCGAUUGCUUUAUGUAAUGUCUACUUCAAGAUCAUCUCAAAGAUACUUACAUUGAGAUUGCAGCCGGUGCUAAACGAGAUAGUAACGGAGAAUCAGUCAGCUUGUUCCGCAGAGAGCCAUUUCCGAUAA